UCAACACAUCGCGGCGUGAUGAAGCUCUCUCCCAAGAUAGUGACUGGGGCAUUACACUCACAGAACAAAGGGGCAUGCGACUGGGGAUGGCAAGGGUUGUUAGCCUAUGGAUGUCACAGUUUUGUUGUAAUUGUUGAUCCAAAAAAUGUCCAGGUGAUACAAGUCUUAGACAAGCAUAAAUCCAAUGUAGUAAAGGUGAAAUGGGCACGAGAGAAUUAUAAUCAUGACCCUGGUAGCCCGUAUAACUUACGUCUGGUAUCCGCGGACGCCAGUGGUGUCAUUGUUACGUGGGAUGUGAUUCCGGGCCAGUCCAAAGCUGAAUUUUCUGAUGGUCAGAGACCUAUACAAGAUCUGGAGUGGCUGUCCAAUCAGGAUGCAUCACAUGACCUACUGGUGGCUCUACAUCCCCCGUAUUCUCUGAUAUUGUGGAAUGCAGACACAGGCACAAAGCUGUGGAAAAAGUCCUAUACUGAACCUCUGUUGUCAUUCUCAUUUGAUCCAUUUAACAUAAGGAAUGUCGCUUUCCUGGGCCAAGACUGUAUCGUGUUUGUGGAUGACUUUUCCAUCACUAAGACACCCUCCAGUAAUGGCAAAAAGUUCUACAUUUCUAGUCCCUCAAGUCAAGCCACCAAUAUGAAGACAGAAGGCUCCAGUGGAAGUCUAGAUAAGAAAUCAACUUCACGUAAUCUAGCCAAGAGGAUGAGCAAAAUGUUGGUUGGGGAAGGACCAAGUAAAAAGUCAGGAGGAGAGGAGGAAUCUGUGACCUUGAAUGAAUGUCUCCAGCUUGAAUUCCACCGUGCAUGUCGACAUCACCUGAUCCUGGUAUAUCCCCGCGAAAUCCUUCUUCUCGAUCUGGAGAUUAAUCAAACAGUUGGAAUCAUUACUAUGGAGAGAACGGGCUCACCAUUUGUACAGGUACUGCCCCUAAGACAAAGGGAUGUGAUGCUGUGCCUUCACGAGAACGGAAGUAUUACCACGAGAGUGAGAAGGAAGACCAAUGUUAUCACCACACCAGCCUCGGAAGGAGUCGGUGCCUUUGAUGACUCUCCUCCCCAUGUGUCUAUGGAUGUGGCGUAUGACAUGCGUUGUCAGUCAGAUAGUCUACGUGUGACAAGACACAGCAAGGUUGCUGGAAUGGCAUGUUGCCCAAUGUUUGAGAGGUCGGUGGUACUCAUCAUGACCGACAGCCGUGUGAUUUUCUGGGAAGUCCUCAUGAUGGAGCCAAUGAUUGGCAGUGGUCGGCACAGUCACUCUCCUCUCCAUACUCCAGGAUCCUCUAUACCAGAAGAUAUAUCCAAACUCAGCUCCACUGAGAAGCUGCCAGUAAUUACAGACCUUGCUCCUCCUAAACUCUCACUCUGCGACAUGAUUGGCCAGUCACAGGUCAUGACCCCAGAUAAUCAGGCAUUCCAUAGGGGUAAAGGGGUGGCUUUAAAAUUUGUGAUGACUGGACUUAUGAGCGGAAUCUCAACCCCUAUAACAGUGACCCGGAUGUGUCCGCCCCUCACAACAAAGAACUGGAGUAUGUACCAGCCCCUUCUUGCUAUAGGAAGUAAUAAUGGGACCAUACAAAUACUGCACGUGUCCAGUGGCCAGAUAGAACGGGAGUACAGUGUACACGCCGGACCAGUUAGAGGCAUUGAAUGGUCCAGUCUGAAGAGUUUCAUGUCCUACUCCUAUCCCAACCCUGGCCAGAGUGGACUGGUAAAGAACGAACUCUUAAUGGUAGACGUUUUGUCAGGUAAGAUAACAACACUACGUUGUAAUCAUGAUCAGGAACCACCUAUAGACCUUCUUAGAAUCUCCUACCUCAAGCAGUAUUUUGUCAUCUGCUUCAAAGAGAAGCCCCUAGAGCUGUGGGAUCUACGCAGUCUGACAAUGUUAAGGGAGAUGGGUAAGAGCAUCCCACGACCAACUGCCCUUGAAUGGUCACCCUCACACAGCCUCAAAAUACUCAGACGUAAACUACUGGCCCAAAGCAUCUCUGAUUCAGACAAAGAAGGGAUUGGGAUCUUCUCCAAAUCCUCAGAUGUCAUGACAACAUCCAAGAGCUCCUCCGGACAGGAAGUGUCUGAAAGCUCUGACACCAUGGGAGUACAGAAGGUCUCUCUGAAGGAACACUUUGUGUUUACGGAUGGUGAGGGAAAUGUUUACCACUUUGUGGUGGAAGGCACAAGCUUCAUUGAUGCUACUAAGAUCCCUGCUGAGUCUGGGCUGGGCGGUAUUUCCUGUAUUGCUUGGAAGGGCGAGUGUAUCACAUUUGGGGACAGUGAUGGUCAGCUCUGUAUCUGGGAUCUAAAAGGACGUACCUCAAGGACUUUACCAACACAUCGAGGCUGGAUAAAGAAGAUCAGAUUUGCACCAGGACGUGGGAACAUCAAAUUUCUCAUCAUGUACAAUGAUGGAGUGGAUAUUUGGGAUAUUAAGGAUUCAAAGCCUGAACUGACAGGGUCAGUGAAGAGUCCCCGAGAGAUAGCCAAGAUUGUGGACUGUGAGUGGUGUGGGAGUGACCGUGUGGUCCUAGCCACCACCAUAGGAUGUGUCUAUGUGACAGACCUGACCCUUAAAAACCUUACAAGUCCCGUGGAUGACUGGGAUUUACCAGGACAGGUAUGGUGCCCCUACAUGCUGACAAACAAAGCUUCCCUGUUACUCAAGUAUCUGCUUCAGCAUCAGCCAUGGAACACUGAGUAUUCCCUCAAACUUGAAGGAAUGAUGGAUGAUGAUGCAGAUAUGCAGACGGCCAUUAACAACCAGCUUAAUCUCUUAGACAGAGAUGUGACACAAUACAUUGGUAACUCUCGGUUCGGAACAGCUGAAAGAUGUCUCUUGGUUGCAAGAUUAUUUGGGGACGAGUCAGACCUGCUGUUCUGGACAGUUGCCCUGCAUUAUCUAAAAUCAGAAAAACUACAGCCAGCAAACAAGGGAGGCAACAGCAGUCGUGAGAGGGAACGUGAACGCUAUGUUCCCCCAACUAAAGAAGCCAAUGAUCUGGUCGUCCUUGACAACCCUGAAGAGGUUGCCCAGCGACAAUUGGUGGAACAGCUUUUCCAGGACCCCCCUCUAGAGAGACACUUUGAUACCAUUUGUAGUAACACCUCAUUUCAGAAGUAUCAGUUAGACCGUGUAGCUCUCCAUGACAGUAAACGUGCAACAUACGACCACACAAAAAAAUGUGCUGAGAACUAUGUCAUGCUGGGUCAGACUGACCGAGCUGUCCAGUUGCUUUUGGAGACAGAGCCUGAAAGUGACCAUUACUACACAGACUGUCUAAGGGCCUGUCUUGUCGCCAGUAUACGAUCAUCUGGAGCAUCACAGAGCACAAUAAAACUGGUGGCUACCAAUCUCAUAGCUAAUGGUAAACUAACAGAGGGAGUCCAGCUCCUGUGUCUGAUCGAUAAAGGAAUGGAUGCUUGUCGCUACUUACAGACUUAUGGUGCAUGGGAGCAGGCAGUUUGGCUGGCCAAGGCGACACUCAGUUACACAGACUGCUGUGAGGUCCUGAAGCGAUGGGUAGAUCACCUCUGUAGUACACAAGUCAACCAAAAGAGUAAGGCGCUGUUAGUGAUGUUGUCCCUCGGCCAUUUCCCUAAGGUCUUGGAGAUGUUAUAUGGCAUGCGUCAGUUCAAUAGAGCAGCAUGUUUUGCGGAGGCCUGUAUGGAGUUUGGCCUGUUAGACAUGACACCAGAAACCAAAUCUUUGGUGGAAGCAAUUUUCCUUGAGUAUGCUCGACAGCUCAUUAAUCUGGGUCACAGGAAAGCAGCUGAAUAUUACUGCCACCAUGCCGGUGAAAAGGGAACGCAACUGAUGAAAGAAGUGGAUAUCUUGUUUUCUUGACAAAACAUGUGUUCUACCAAAAAAGGAACACAUCUUAUGAUUUAAGUGAAUAUUGUCUUCUUCCACAAAUGACUUUCUAGUAUUAUGUUGUUACCAAAGGGACAUCACUCAUUAAAGAAUUCUCUUUUCCACUCACUUCUGCGAUUGCAGUAAUUAUAAGAGUUACAAUAUGUACACAUAUUUAUACAGCAAUCAAAACUGUGAUAAAGCUGAGACACUCUUUAAAUAGCCAGGUGAUCAUCAGAAGGGUAUUUCUGAUUGGAUAUCAUUGCUAAAUACUGAAAGUAUAUUCAGUAACAUAAAGAUUUGUCUGGUGACUUUUGUUGCCUAACACUCCUUGUUUUGUCUCUAUUGUAUAUCAUCAGUUUUACACCUGGACUUUCUAGUCUCUGUGUAUGAUGCUUGUAACAUGUUACCACAAUGUCUGUGUUGGGAUAUAUAAGUAUAACGUGUAUUGUUAGCUUUACACCUGGGCUUUGUGUAGGAUGCUUGUAACAUGUUACCACAAUGUCUGUGUUGGGAUAUAUACGUAUAACGUGUAUUGUUAGCUUUACACCUGGACUUUGUGUAGGAUGCUUGUAACAUGUUACCACAAUGUCUGUGUUGGGAUAUAUACGUAUAACGUGUAUUGUUAGCUUUACACCUGGACUUUGUGUAGGAUGCUUGUAACAUGUUACCACAAUAUCUGUGUUGGGAUAUAUACGUAUAACGUGUAUUGUUAGCUUUACACCUGGACUUUGUGUAGGAUGCUUGUAACAUGUUACCACAAUGUCUGUGUUGGGAUAUAUACGUAUAACGUGUAUUGUUAGCUUUACACCUGGACUUUGUGUAGGAUGCUUGUAACAUGUUACCACAAUGUCUGUGUUGGGAUAUAUACGUAUAACGUGUAUUGUUAGCUUUACACCUGGACUUUGUGUAGGAUGCUUGUAACAUGUUACCACAAUGUCUGUGUUGGGAUAUAUACGUAUAACGUGUAUUGUUAGCUUUACACCUGGACUUUGUGUAGGAUGCUUGUAACAUGUUACCACAAUGUCUGUGUUGGGAUAUAUACGUAUAACGUGUAUUGUUAGCUUUACACCUGGACUUUGUGUAGGAUGCUUGUACCAUGUUACCACAAUGUCUGUGUUGGGAUAUAUACGUAUAACGUGUAUUGUUAGCUUUACACCUGGACUUUGUGUAGGAUGCUUGUAACAUGUUAAUUAAGUAAUGUACAAUGCAUUCAUAUAUGUAUAUCAUCAGUUUUACAUCUGGACUGUUUGUGUCAUCAUUUAUUGGGACAUACUCUGAUAUCUGUCUGAAAAGAGGUGUAUGUUUAUUUAUUGUUUUAAAUAUGUUGGAAAUGUGAUUAAUAGGCAAUCAAAGUUUAAUGGGGCCAUUAAUGACAGAGUAAUGAUUUUAAUUACAUGUUUAUGAAAUAUAUAUUGUGUAUACUUAUGUAUUUAUGUAACUUGAAAAAGAACUGUGGUUUUAGUGCAAUAGUUAUCACUCAUCUAUAUUAUUGUAAGAUAAAAGUCACCUGUGGCAAUGUCAUGUCACCAGUGUUGUAAUUCAUUCAGAUUUUGUGUGCUUAAAAUUUACAAUUCUUCAUUAAAUUUAUGUUUAUUAUUAUAGGAAAUUUAGGCUUUCCAGGUAAAAACAAGCCAAAUUCAUUUUUGUCUCAUUCCCAAAUUUGUGUGUCUACCUAUCCAAUCCCUGUAAAAUCGGCACUAUUUAGUAACAUGAGGGCACUUACAUUCUCCAGUUUGGAACCAAUUGAUUGCUUCGCUAUGAAGAUUUAAACACUUAAAUUGUCUGCUAAGUAGAUGUAGGAACACAAGUUCAUUAUAGUCACACUGCCUAUAUGUGUGGCUUUUAUCUUGUAAUUAUCAGUUAUACUUAAGGUACCAGAUCAGAAAGCAAUGUAAUGUCACAUGUCAUACCAAUUAACUAAAUUAGCUGUCAUAGUCAGGUUAAUGAUGUAGGACAUAGUUGUUAACAAGUGUUAACCCUCAACAUCAUAUGCCCAUUUACUAUCCGUGAUGUCUAUAGUCUCUGUCACUAAAUGAAAUAUAUCAGGGUGUUUUUGUUGAAAUGUUGAAAUAAAAAUACAGAGAAUUGAAAUGACAGGUUUCUAAAUUGUUCAUAUCUCGUCUAAUUGCUCUUCACCAUAGUUGCUUUUAAAUGAAGACAGUGAUUAUAAUGCUUGGGACCAGAAUUUACCUUCUAAUUGAUUUGGUAUAUGAAAUAAACCAUAUGUAUAAAUUUAGACAUAAAUAAAGACAGUGAGUUUCUUAAUUCCAAUAUUAAUGGUUUUGAGUGUAUAUGAUCUGCCUAAUGGAAGUUUAUAGCCAAUGAGGUUUAGUGUAAAAUUUGUUUACCUUAGCAGUAAGUACAACCUAUAAAUUAUAAAGAAUUAUAUAUAUAUGUUAUUGAUAGUGCUAUCUUGUUAACAAAGUUUCUCUUUUACAUUAAAUAAUGCUGAUUUAUAGUUGCAGUGAUAUUACAAUGGAGACCACUUAAUGUCAUGUUGGUUAAUGUAACAUUUCAGUUGAUAUCACAUUUUAAUGAAACUUAUUUUCAUCCUUAUAAAGUAACAUCUGAUUAUGUUUCAUAUUGGCAAUACUAUAUAUCAGUUCAUUUUGGAGAAUAUCACAUAAAGACACAGGUCACUGACAUGGUUUUCACAUAAAGACACAGGUCACUGACAUGGUUUUCACAUAAAUGUGAAAAAAAUAAAAGCGGUGAAAACUUUGUUUUUGAUAAGUGUGUGUGUACAUUGAGUUGUUUGGGUAAAGAAUAUUGUAUAGGGAUAUUUAAUUAGAUGAAGAUUGUUGAGGUGUUCUAAAGCUGUUCGAGGAGGAUGGGUGUUACAUGUGAAGAAAGGGUGCUUGGUGCAUUACUGAAGAUCAAUGUAACAUUUAACAGUGAAUAAAAUUUAUUUUGAACCACA